UUUCGAGUUUUCAAGAUGGCGGCCAUUAGGACACGGCCAUUGGAGAAUCUGCUGAAAUUUAAGCCGAAGAAUAAGGAAAAGAGAAAGCAUAUUUAUAAAAAACUCAUCACUGCACUUGUGCAAUAUGAAAGGAUAGAGACAACGCUAAACAAAUGCCAUGAUCUAUCACGAGUUGCUGAAAGAAUGAUUGAUCUUGCUAAAGUGGGAGAUGAAGAAACAAUUAACAGUUGGAUUACAAAGAAAAAUUUGAUACCAAAGGUGUUUGGGCAUCUCUUGCCGCGAUACGAAAAUCAAGUGAAUGGUUACACGCGAGUAUACAAAAUACCACCACGAAAGAGAGAUAUGGCCAAGAUGGGCAUUGUGGAAUUUGUUGGAAAUGAUCUGCCUCCUUUGUUACCAUCAGAGGAAGAACUGAGAAAGUUACAACUGAAAAAACUGACAGAGUUGACCCCCAAGGGGAUCCCCUCUCAAGGAACCCUUGUGUAAAUUAACAACAGGGACCUGUUGGUUUUGAUUAAUUUCCAUGGAUCUACUGUUAAUGCUAUAAUAAGCACUUCCCUAAGGAGGGGGGGGAAGGGCUCAUGGGGUAUCAAUUUACAGGGUUUUCAG